GUAUCAGCGAUCAUCGGCUGAUAAGGUCUAUUCUGCAUCGGACAUACGGACCGAGCAAGCGUGCUACGACUCCAUGAUGUAUCUCCUGGAGAACGUACUCGACUUUGACAUCAAUCCGAAGGCAGGAUAUCAUCCCAAUUGCCAACUUGCUACCUACUUCGACAUCUACUCCUUCUUGCGAGACCGUGGGGAACUCAUAGGCACUAGGGCAGUGCGAGUCGACAUGCACGUACAGAAUCUCGUGCACUCCCACGUCUUCACUGACAUUCACGAGUGGUGCCUCCGCUUUGAAAUUCUCAGCAUAUUCCGAUUGUGGGGACGGAACUUUGGAGAAGGUGCUGAUAGGAAGUUCAACUGGCAGUUGUCGUUGAACUCUAUCGCUCAAACUGUGGAUCCUCUUACUCUGAGCUACGUCGUGCAAAAUGACGAUCGGGAAGCUGAUGCGAAGACCGUAACGAAGGAAGCGGCAAUCCACAGGUAUAUUAUUCUCAUACUGCUAUGCAAUGGUGACACGACACGAGUAUUGUUCUACAUUGACAAGUUGGCUAAGCAACAGCCGAAGGUCUUUGGUCAUCCUAAUGUUCG